AUGGUGAGUAAACUCUUGGAUUGUUUUAAUAAACUGCUGAGACUCUCUCCCGUUGAGGAUUCUAGUCAACCGUUGGAAAGUAGUCAAGUUAUAUCACGUAUAAUUGUUGAGUAUCAAGUGAAACUUGAAAAUGAUAAUGAAUCGAUUAAAUCAGGUGAGGAUCUAGAGGAUUACAUUGAUUGGGCACUGCCAAAAUAUUUUAAUAUAGAUAUAAUAGAUGAUAAUUUCAUUGUAAAAGAAAAUGAAGACAAUUGGACAUUAUUUUUACAACUUAUAAUUACAAAUAAUGAGAAGGAAUUGAUUAUAAAAAAAUGUUUAUUACAAAUUAUUAUAGCAUUGAUAAGAGUAUCGUUCAUUAACAAACAAAAGAUUGGUAAAUGUUUAAAAUUCCAAAACAGUCUAAAAGAUACCCUAUUUACAAAAGAUUCUGAAUUCGCAUUGGAAGAGUCAUUAAGACAGAUUUUGAACACCUUGUAUACCGAAACUUUAUCAGUUUCUUCCACAAUAGAUGACCUAUUAAACUUAUAUGACAAUUUCACUCGUUCAAAAGAUAUUAUAAACACAUUAGCAUUACAAACUACAGAGACACUAUCACAAAGUUAUUUUUUGUUUCAGAAUUCCUAUAAAAUAUUCUCAAUUAAAGAUGCAUUGCCACCAAAAUCAAAGAGCAUAGCAAUAAGGUUGUACCUUCAAUUAAAUAAUGUAACCUCUAAUCGAAUAAUGACAAUAGGUUGUAACCUUUUCUUUGAAAUAAAAGAGGGUCAGCUCUUUUUGUCUGAUGAUGAAUCUAUUAUUGGUCUGUUUGAUUCUUUUGAGUUUAAACCAUUACAAAUAUAUUCCUUAUUAAUAAAUAUAGAAGGUACAGAUAUUACAUUGUACAAUGACGGCAUAUUAAUAAAUAAAUUACAAUUAUUUGAUGGUGCAAUUUCUAAUUUAGCUAUAGUUGAACUAGGGUCCAUGAUGUCAUCAUUUAAAGUCUUCCGCUUUCAAAUAUUCUCAGGGAUCAUUGAUGAUACAGUCGCAACUCUAUUACAUCAGGCCGGUAGUACUUAUUAUAAAUCAAGUUGUUAUGAACAGCAAUUAUAUGGGCUUGAUUAUGCCUUAAGAAAGGCUACAAUAGUAAAGGCGAUGCAGUCCACCCCUAAUGGGAAUUUAGAAUCAUCAUUUUUGAACUUUUCAGAUGAUUCUUUGAUUAUAGAUCUCAAUCCUAAUUUCGAACUUGCUAAUAUUAAUGAGGAUAAUUAUAUUUUUAUUGAAAAAAGAGCUUCUACAAAUAAUGAGAAUAAUGUUUUGGACUCAAGACCGAUAUAUUAUUACAAGAGUUCAAAUUUAGUUUCUAACUUUGAGGCGGUUGAUUGUUUUUCUCAAAUUAUUAAAAUUUUAGGAGAAUGUUCAAACUUUGAAGAAGUAUAUGAAUUAUUAAACCAUUUAAUAAAAUUGUUAAAUGAUUAUAGACUACGAUACAUUUUUGAAAAAGAUUUUGGAUUUCCAAUUAUUAAGCACAUAUUAUUGAAUAUUACUAUACCUACUUUAAAAAAAACAUUACCAUUACCAAUAUUAAAUUUAUUUCUAGAGUUUUGUGGAUGGGAUAUCUCAGAUGUCGAGAACUCAAUCAUAAAAAAUGAAUCAGCAUAUGACAAUAUAAUAUUAGAUUUAAAAUUAUGGUAUGCAUAUUCUGAUGAUAAUGAACAGACAUUGAUUGGUCAAGAAAUACUUAGAUUUAUACUAUUUCAGAUUACCACGCAGGUGGAUGCAUCAAUUUUCAGCUCUUAUAACUUGAAAGUAAUGCAAAAAUUAUAUUUUAUUCAAAAGCUCAGUAACAGCCAGCAUUUAAUUGGUGAAUUAUUUCCAACAUCCAAUGUCCUUUUUGAACUGAAGCAGGAUCUUGUGAAUAUUUAUUAUACUCUCAUCAAAAGAGACAUCUCUAGAUUUAAAUUAAAAUAUAUCUUUAAUUUUGCAUUUUAUGAGAUAAAGCAGGGCUUUUUUGUAAGUGGUGAUAUUUUACUUAAGUCUUUGGAAAUUGCAAUUAAUGAUACAAUUGAGAAUAAUGACAUAAAAGGACUUGUGCUUAUUUAUGAAUCAUUGCCUACAAAAGAUAUUCUUCUUGUACUACAAGAAAUCAUUGAGAAAAAAGAGAAUCCAAUAAUACCCUUGAGAAUUAUAUUAAAACUCCUAGCUUCAAAUAGCUCUAACUUAGAAAACUUUGGGAAAAGAUCUGGCUUUAAGGUGCUAUUAGAAGUUUUAAAAGGCACGGAAUUUUUAUAUUAUGAGGAAAUAAUACUUCUAUUGUUCUUUCAAUCUUUUGAGGAUUUUGAUUACAUUAAAAACUCACCAAGCGUAGAAAGCUUUGUGAAUUGUACAAUAUCCUUCAAAAAAUCUAUUGCACUUAAAGAUAUUUUGGAAUUAUCUAUUCGCUUAUUAGAAUGGGCAGUAAUUAAUGAUAUUGAAGAAAAGUUUGAAGUUGAAUUACCAGAUUUUAUUUAUUCUUUUAUUUCGCAGUUGGAUACUUUAAUGUUGGAUACAAAAAAUGUGGAUAUUCUAGACGUUCGCACGAGUAAUAUCUUAAAUUCUUUAAGUGAUUUACUUCUAACAAUGACAAAGCCACAGAAUGGAAAUGUUUACGAAAAAUCUAGCAAUUUGUUACAAAAUCUCAUCUCUAAAACAUUAAAAUAUAAUAUAAUAUCAAUGAACACUAAAAAUUUCGAACAAUAUAUCCAGGAAUUCUUUUACCUCGAUGUAGCAUUUACCCAAAAAUUUGCUAUUUUUUCAGGUAAUAAACAUCCUUAUUAUCUAUAUAUUAAUAUUGAGAAAUAUUUCAUAGAAGUGGUAUAUGAAUUAUUAGCAAUGGAUGUCAAAUUUUCCCUAAAACUUAUGAGCUCCCCUUUUAUGUUCCCUAAUAUAAUUACAAUAUUUUCUGCAAUGAUUAAGAAUUAUGUAGAAUUGGAUUUUUCUACUGAAUUUUACCUCGCAAGUUUAUCAAUUUUAUUAAUAUGUUUAAGAAUAUGUUUAACUGAUGAUAAAUACGAUCAGAAAACUAUAUCAAAUUCUGAAUUGGUCAAAUUAGUUGUUCACUUGGUUGUCAAAUUACAGGCAUUAGUUAUCAAUAAAAGGUUAGAAUGGGAUGACGAUUUUUUUAAUCAAUAUCUUAAACUAUUAUUAAAAUAUAAUGACAUUUUAUUUGAAAAUACUAAUGAAAUCCUAUCUUCUAACAUAAUUUGGCUUAUAUUUAUUUUUAUUGGUUACAAUAUAAAUGCUCAGCAAAUAAAUACAGAGUCAUUGGAUGUAAUCGGGUCUAUUUUAACAAGUUGCGAACAGAAUCAAGAAUAUAUUCUUAAUGAAUUGGAAUUUAAAGGAAGAAAAGAUUUACUUUCAAUAAUCAACUUAUUUAAAUCUGCAAAAAAUGAGGAGGCUAUAAGUUUACUAAAGAAAAAUAAAGAUAGACUGCUCACUGAAAAGCAAUGUAACAAAUUUUUGGGUAUAUCCUUUCAGAUUUUAAAUGUAACUGAUUUUAGUAGAAACAUCUCAACAACAGAACUUAAUAAUAUAGUGUUUAAAAGCAAACAAGAAGACAUGGAUAGGAAUUUUAUUGCAACCGAAAAGUUAUAUAAGAUAUUUUUGAACAGUCUGGUCGAAAAGAGGAAGCUGAUAAUUAGAGAAGGUGACAAGGAGGUUAAAGGUUUUUUGACGGAUUGUGAGGAGGAAUACAUGAUCAAUAGAAAUGAAUAUAAGGAAAUAAUCUUUAAAAAUUCUUUAAUUUUAGAUGCCUAUAACUCAAAAUAUUUACCAUUUGACUGGUCUUUAGAUGAUAUUGAGGAUUUUCAAAAAUCUAAGAGAAAAUUAGUAAGGGUCCCAAAUAAUAAAAAACUUCAUGAGGAUGAUCAAUCUAGAGAGCAGUAUUCCUUAAGGAAAGGAAAAGAAAACAGAGAAGAUAACCUUUUCAGUGACAGUUUAAAUUCUUACGAGGUAAUAUCUAACAUAAGUUUUGAGAAUGAAAAUGAUUAUGAUUCUACUGAAGAGAAUCAUAAAAUAUUAAAAGUAUUGAAACCAAAGGAUUCUAUCAAGGGUAUAUGGAAUUGUAGUAGAAUUAUUGGUUUGGAGGUUAAGGAAGGAAUUUUAAUCUACGGAUUAACUCAUAUGUAUUUUAUACAAAAUUAUUUCUUUUCAAAAAGUCACAAAAAUAUUGUCAACAUAUCUAAAGCACCAAUUGAGGAAAGAGAUAUAAAUAUAGAAUUGAUUGGUAACUCUCCUAAGAGUAGUGUAUUCCAAGAACAUGAAGUUGUUAUUUGGGAGAAUUCUAGUCUGAUUCAUGUUACACAAAGACCAUUUUUACUGAGAGAUGUUGCGUUUGAACUAUUCUACUCUGAAGGAAAAAGUAAUUUAUUCAGUUUUAAUAAUAAAGAUACUAGAGAUGAAGUGUAUUCUCGAAUUAAUAAGAAUUGCAAAUCCUUUGGUAUGGAUCCAAUGUUGAGAAUGGUAUUAGAUGAAAUUAACAAGCGCAACUCUGGCGUAGGACUAAAAAAUGGUAUUUCACAAACCAAUCUUAGAAAUAAGGUUUUUAAUGUUUUAAACACUUCAACUUUUGAUGGAUUUGAAGCAACCCAAUUGUGGGUGAAGGGCGAAAUAUCUAACUUCUAUUAUUUAAUGAUUUUGAACACACUUGCUGGAAGAUCUUUUAAUGACCUGACUCAAUAUCCAGUUUUCCCUUGGAUUAUUUCUGAUUGUGUUAGUGACACUAUAUCAUUAAAAGAUAAAAAUAUUUAUAGAGAUUUGAGUAAACCAAUGGGUGCUCAGACUGAAAAGCGUGCAGCUCAGUUCAAGGAGCGUUACGAAUCUUUAGAGUCCCUAAAAGAUCCAUUAUCUCCACCUUUCCACUAUGGAACUCACUAUUCCUCUUCAAUGAUUGUCUCUUCAUAUUUAAUCCGAUUGAGACCGUUUGUUGACUCAUAUUUAUUACUUCAAAGUGGAAAAUUUGGACCAGCUGAUAGAUUGUUUAAUUCGAUUGAACGUGCAUGGUGCUCUGCUUCAAGCGAAAGUACCACCGAUGUUAGAGAAUUGAUUCCUGAAUUUUUUUGCUUACCUGAGUUUUUAAUCAAUGUUAAUAAAUUAAAUUUUGGUAAAGAUCAGAAAAAUACGCAAAUAGAUAAUGUCUCUCUACCUAAGUGGGCAAAUGGGGAUCCAACGGUGUUCAUAUGGAAAAAUAGAGAAGCCUUAGAGAGUGAAUACGUUUCUGAAAACCUUCAUCAUUGGAUUGACCUCAUCUUUGGUUAUAAACAAAAAGGGCCUGCAGCUAUAAGUUCAAUUAAUGUCUUCAACAAAGUAAGUUAUCCGGGUGCUGUAAAUUUAGAUAACAUUGAUGACCCUAAUGAAAAACGAGCAAUAACAGGCAUGAUCCAUAAUUUUGGGCAAACACCGUUACAAAUUUUUUCUGAACCACAUCCUAAACGUAGUGGUCUCAAGCCGUUUCAACUUACAAAAUCUAUUUUAGCAUUAAAUGGAACAUGCUCCGUUAUAAAAAAUAUUGAACCCAAGUCACAAUCAAACGUAACAAGGUUUAUAAAGUUAAGCAACAAUUCCAGUAAUAACAGUAAAUGGCAGUCAUUUCCUAAGACACAUCUGCCAGCAAUUGGUGGAUUUGAUGUCAUUUUAGAUAAUAAAUUUAGAACAAGCCUAACGAUUGGCAACAAAGUAUUUUCAUAUUUGCAUGAUGCACCAAUUACUGAGAUUAAUGGUGAAGGAAAUUCAUUAAUAUUCACAGGUGAUGAUAGUGGUCUAAUAAAAAUAUGGAAGUUAGAUACAGAAAAUAGUCCUUCAAUUAAAAAUAUUAGCAUAUUUAGGGGGCAUAGAAGUACUAUAAAACAGAUAGAAUUUUAUUAUGAAUAUAGAGUAAUAAUAUCGCUUGACAUUAGUGGAAUGAUAAUUUUAUGGGAUGUAAAAAACUUACGUUUAAUAAGAUAUAUUAAAAACAGCAGCAGUAUACUGGCAAUUUCUCAAGGGAAUGGUGAUAUUGCAGUUGUAUCAAAAAAUAAUACCGUCUCUUUCCAAAAUAUAAAUGGUUCUAAUUUUUGCAACAUUGAUUUUAAAAACCAUAUCAUAACUUCGAUUGAAUUUUUUAAUAUUUCUAGUUUGGCAACAGGACAAUUGAGGCAUGUAUUUUGGCAAGAAAAAGAUGUCAUUCUCAUAGGCUUCGAAGACGGUAUUAUUGAAAUAUAUGUAUUAUAUUUACUAGAUUCUGGAGAGUGGUCACUGAAAUUACUGAAGGUUAUCAAAUCUACUAUCUCAACACCAAUAACAUCAAUUAAGCCUCAUUUAAAUAGUCUAUUUGUUGAUGAUUAUGAAAAAAAUAACUUUGUUGAAAUUAUUGCAGGAGAUAGUAAUGGAGACUUAUAUAUAUGGUCAUAA